AUGGGAAACGGCACCAGUGUCACUGAAUUCGUCCUGCUGGGGCUCACAGAUGCCUGUGAGAUGCAGAUGCUCAUCUUUCUGGGGAUCCUCCUGACCUACCUCCUCACACUCAUGGGAAACCUCCUCAUCGUGGUCAUCACCCUCAUGAACAGGCGCCUCCACACCCCCAUGUACUACUUCCUCCGCAAUUUAGCCAUCCUAGAGAUCUGGUUCAUCUCUGUCAUCUUCCCCAAGAUGCUCACCAACAUCCUGACUGGAAGAAAGACCAUCUCCCUUCCAGGCUGCUUCCUACAGAGUUUCUUCUAUUUCUUCCUGGGCACCACAGAGUUUUAUCUCCUGGCAGUGAUGUCCUUUGACAGUUUCAGGUCAUCCUCAGCUCCCCAGGACAUCAACACUCCUGAUGCUUAUGACCUCUGA